UGGAAUUUCAUCACACGUGUAUCAAUUUGAGUCUAUUCAUUUGCUGAAUCAGCGACAUCUAUCGGCGUAGAGCUUAACUGAAACUUGUCUGUCGCUGGUCAUUUACUCGCAGCGAUGAAUGUCACUUCGAAAAAUUGACUUUCAACAGAAAACAAAUAAACAACUUGACAAGUAUUGCUGAGACUGUCGGAGUCGCUUCACUUUCACCAUAAAAAGAUAUGGACCAGAAACAGGCCAAUGGCGAGUGAUUAAUUAAGUUGGUUUAAAAUCAAAGAAAAAACUUUUUCAAAAUUUUCAUUUAUAAAAAACUUUUAGUGCAGUGAUUUAGAUUACUUAAGAAGAAAAAUGAUUGAUCCGCUGGAUAUAAGAACAGCGAUUUCGACGGCAAAUGAGCCGUAUAUUUUGCGGAAUUUUCAUUUGGAUUGGGAAAUAUUUCGGCUUACUUUUGAUGACUGGUGCCAAAGAAUGGAUAAGCACAUUCGAAAUGAAGCGGUUCAAUUCACCAGCGGCACGAUGAAACACUGUGACAUCCCGUAUUGGGAACGAUUUCGAACACAUGAACAUUUAACGUUUAGUGAAUUUACAAAGAAAUCAAUCGGAGAUGCUUUCAACGAUCGAUGGUACUCACAUAGUUACAGAGAUAUUCUCUCAUGGCCAGAGAGUCUAAGUAAAUCGAUAUCAUUCGCAAAGCUUGGAUUUGAGAACACAGAAGACAUUCUCUUUUGGCUUGGAUCGAAAGGUGCCAACACACCGUGUCACUACGAUACAUAUGGUUUCAAUAUCGUUGUUCAAGUAUUUGGUAGAAAGUCAUGGCUGCUGUUCCCACCAAAAACACCAAUAACAGCUACUCGUGUCCCAUUUGAAGAGUCUAGUGUUUAUUGCAAACAGAAUUUCUAUAGUCCAGCUGAUAUGGAUCAAUUUGGCGAUAUCGGUAAAAAUCAAGACGCCUUUGAAGUAACUUUGAGUCCAGGCGAUAUAUUAAUUGUACCAGCAAACUGGUGGCACUAUGUGGAGAAUUUAGAAACGAGCUUAACUGUUAACACAUGGAUACCUUUGAAUGUGAAGGACUCAUUAGCGCGCCUUGGCGAGUGUUUUGUGCGAAUGCAAAUUGAGCAAAUAACUGCCGAUGAUUCCGAUUUUGGAAAUGAAGAGCUCAGAAAAUACAUUUACAAUCCGAAUGAAAUGAAUGAGCCCGAUUUAAAUCUAAUGAAUUUAUUCAAACCAUUGGCUGAUGUAGUGAUAGAGAACACAAAGAAUGAAGAUCCACUCGAUUCACAGGAAACUCUAAGUCGUGGGCAGGAAAUUCGCGACAAAUACCAUAGCACAUUUCACAAAGUAGAACCCGUAAGCCACGAUAGAUUUAGACAGAUUUUACUACAAAACUCAGUUCGUCACGAGCACGCUUUGGAUGAACGAAAAAUCAACGGAAUGCGAUUCCAAGAGGUGGAAAAUGUAAUUAAUGCCGUUUGUCACCCGAAGACAGUUGACAGCGCAUGCCAACUGUAUUUGCAGCAAAUUCGAAAUGAAAUUAGUAAAAACGGUCUCGUGAUAAAGUAAAAUGGAUUUUUCGAAGAUAAGAUGCCUGUGUUUUAAUAGCCAAAUAAAAAUCAAAUAAGAAA